AUGUGCAUUAAUAGUUGUAACAAAGCAGAUCUCACAUUCAUGGAGGCAGUACCAAAAAAUAGUAAACAAAUUAAAUAUUUUUCGCUUAAGGUUCAAUCAACAGUUCAAGAGAUUUUUGGAAGACAGCCAAGCAAAGCUGUCAACCCAGAUGAAGCUGUAGCUCUAGGAGCUGCCAUCCAGGGGGGCGUUCUUGCUGGUGAUGUGAAAGAUGUGCUGUUGCUUGAUGUGACCCCCCUGUUACUUGGUAUUGAAACCCUUGGCGGCGUGUUCACUAAACUGAUUGUAAGAAACACUACCAUCCCAACAAAGAAGAGCCAGGUGUUCUCCACUGCCGCUGAUGGCCAGACUCAGGUGGAGAUCAAAGUCCACCAAGGCGAGAGAGAGAUGGCUGCUGACAACAAGCUACUUGGACAGUUUCAACUGGUAAAAAAGCUUUUAGAUUCUUUUCAGCAGACCGGRUUAAAAUUAUGGAGGUCAAGCAAUUUAGSGGUGAAGUGCGGAAGYUAGACCAAUAGACCUCUU